GCUACAAAAGCAGAUGUUUCCCACAAUCUAUCACAUGAAACUUGGCUAAGACAGAAACGGCAGAUUUAUUCCAUCACUGCGGCUGUGCUACCAACAGUGUACGAUAAGCUGACUGUUUUCUUUAAACACACCGUAAUUUGGAUUUCCCCAUAGACUGAUAUCAACAUAAUGCCGUUGAAUGGAGGUGGAACGAAAUUUGUCAUUUGUGCCAAGUGUGGACGAUCGCUUCACUGAACCGUUGGAAAAUAGCACUUUUCUGGAGUAGUCUGGGAUAUUUCAGAAACACUUGUAGUUUUCUUCUCUUGUCUUGGACACUGCUGUAGUUGCGUAACAUUCUCGAAAAAAUAUCUGCGUAUACUGUGAGUAGGCGAAUUUCCACCUCGCCCAGCUGGCCAGCCUUUAAACACAACAUCCGGCCUGUCGAAAACUUUACUGCUGUUGUGUCUUAAUUCACGCAAGAAAAAUUUCUUUUGUCUGGUGUUGACACUUUAAGCGACACUGGAUAAACUACUGGUACUCACAACUUUAUGGCCCGUGUAAACAAGGAGAAAUCCUUCGGAAAAACUUGAGUUCAUUGAUCUACAAUUUUUUGCGUGUGAAUCGAAGUGGAGGAAAGUACAGUAAGCUCAAGACCACUCUUGUCCGUAACAAGUAUAAAGGAACGUGAUUGCACCCAGGCUUCAAUUUGCAAGAAAUUUGGGCAUCUCAAGAAAGUAGAUGUGAACACUGUUUUGGUGCUUGAAAGAACUGAAUCGUACAUACUUGGUUCAUCUGUUGCAAGGCUACGCAACACGCUCAUGUUGCCGAAAGCUCAAUAUCACAACUUUUGUACAACUGUUUUACUGUGUGGUUACGUUCAUGUUUUUGGUGGAUAAAUAUUGUUGGAAUGACAGAUAGUCAGGCAUGUUGCACUGUGCAACCAAUUCCAUCAUCCCCCAAUUCAAACCCAUUUAAAUAUUGUCAAGUUAACACACAUCUAAUGCCAGAAAACAACAAUCCAAAUCAAGAAAAUCACCUCCUUGUGAAUGGAGAAACCUGCCAUAUGGAUACAAACUGUGAAAUGAUGGAAAGUGAAAUGCAGCGUGGAUCAAGACAUUUAAGGAAAAAUUUAAGACUUAAUCUUGCCGAGACACAUACUGACAAUAGUCUUCCACCACCAAAGAGUUCCUGGCUUUUACGACUCUUUGAAUCCAAGCUCUUUGAUAUGUCCAUUGCAAUUGCAUAUUUAUUUCAUUCUAAGGAACCUGGGGUACUGACUUAUCUUGGAAACAAACUCUUUGUAAGUAUGAUUUUAUCUUGGGUUUCGCAAUGCCCAUUUGGGUGGUUUUUGGACCUCUCGCAUGUGAUUUGUCUUGCCUGGUGUUACAAAACACCUUAGACCCAUCUUAGUUUUGUGCCAAAUAUCCCUUCAUCCUAUAUUCACAUGGCUUGAAAAUUAGCCCUCCAUUCCACUUCCCCUCUAUCUCUAACUCUUUUUACUGGUUGAUCCAGUUGUUUCUGGUUAAGGCGGUGAGGAUGUGCUGAUUAAAUUCAUAAUAUUCAGGCCAUUCAAUUUUGGGUAGCAGCUGUAAAAAUAACCUCAGGCAAAACUCCUGUAUUUCUUUGUUUUGGGGUGUGGUACUCUAUUAUAAUGGGUUUGAUAUGAUUUACACCGAGGAUAAAAUUGAACCUCAACAUACACAAGCCAUAAGUUAUUAAUGAGUUACAGCUUUAGCUGAUUUUUGUAAGGUUAAAGGGCUAAGAAUUUUGUUUUGAAUAAACCUUUAUCACGCGGCGGCCAUUUUGUCUCAGGAGAUUUAUAAAGCUUUGUUUAUGCACAGCUAGCCUCGUAGAGAGAACAAGGCUAGCCGUGCAUAAACAAAGCUUUAUAAAUCUCCCGAGACAAAAUGGCCACUGCAUGACAAAGGUCUAUUGUCUUUUCUUUGAUAGAGUUUUGAUGAUGAAGAUGUCAACUUCUAUAUACCACAGCUAAUGUAAGUGUUCUUGUGUUAGUUAGCAUUACUGAUAAUUGGGCUGAUGGAUUUGAUGAAUAAGCCCCCUUUUCCUCUCCAGAUAAGAUUUUAGGUUGCAUGUUGAUUUUUUUACAAAAUUGUUGUUUCCACAGUUGUGAUAGUAGACCUUUCCAUCACUAUGAACAAAGGCACCAACCCAAAGCUUGUUGGACAAAAUACUUUUUUACAGUGACUUGCAUGAAAUUGUUCACCCGAGCCUCAACCUCAUUUCUUUGUGUUUGUUCAUUUGAGUGGAAUGCGGGAAAGGUUUACAAGGUUGUACAUGGACAAGGCUGUGCUCUAGCAGAGCCUUGUGGCCCUUGGCACCCAACUUUUGCACUCGGGCAGCAAGAAAAUCUUUUUUUUUUUUCAAACAAAUCACAUGCUGGGCAACGUAGAUUUUACAGGUUUAGAGCACUGGGCUCCCUUCAAUUUCCUUAUAGAACUGCUUUGGUGGAUACUUUUCAGACUGUGUACUUGAGAUGCACAUUAUUUUAUAUCUCUGGGUUAUUCUUGGAGACCUAGCGGCAGCCAUCAUGGGCAAAAUCAUUGCAGUCUGUUAAAACCAAAAUCAAAUCCAAAACAAAUCCCUGGACCAAAAUUUACCCCCCCAAAAAUCCCCUGCCAAAUUACCCAGCCAGAGGAAUUUUCAGAAAGCAUUAAAUGAUAUAUCAUGAAAAAUAGAGACAUUAGUUUUGAAUACCCAAAAAAAUCCCUACUUAAAUCAAGCUACCCAAAACAAUGCUUGCCAAACUUUUCCUACCCCAAAAAAUCCAGAAAUCGAAAAUUUCAAACCCAAGAAAAUCCUUCCAUCAUCCAUUUUACUUGACAUCCGGAGGACCCCCGGCUGGGUAAGCAUUACUCCUACAAAAACGGUAAGUUAACAUAACUGUUUAUCUACUGUAGUUAAUUUUAAUCCAAUGAAAAAUGCUAUGGAUUUUGCCAUUUUUCAGUAACAUGUACAUCCAUAUUGACGAAGUGUCAGAGGCUCUUCAUAGAUACUUGGUGGAGAAGUGCAAGAAGAACUUUUCAUUUGCUCUACAGGUAUGUAUGGCCGCAUCAUAUUUUUCAGCAUGUGUGUGUACUGCUGCUAAACCUCUUCACAUCAGUUUUUUUUUCCUGGUGAGCCUUCAAUGUAGCAAGAAAGCACAAUAUUCCUUACAGAGAGGAAAAUCCAUUGUUUUGAGGGAUGUAAGACCAGGGUUGUCACUAAGAUUUUAAGUUGCCGCGUAAAUACAAGAAGUAGGCGGGGAAUCAAAUGGCUAGGGAUUUGUUUUGGUUCUAUUUUUCUACUAUUUUCCAAUAAAAGUAGCCGGGGGCCACUCUCUUAGUAGCCAGGGAAAAUCCCCAGCCCCCGGCUCUUAAUGACAACCCUGUAAGACCAUGUACAUUUGGUUGGUUAGUGAACUCCCUGAAUGAGCCGAAAACUGUAUGUGGAAGCCCUUCCUUAUCAUUCACAGAUUGAUGGUGAAUGUUAAGGUUUCUUGCCAGGAAACAGCUCUGCAAAACUCUUUUUCUUUUUUCCUGGACGAUAAAAGAAUAAUAAACCAGUGAUAGUUUACAAGAGUGAACAAAGAGUGCAUUAAUGCUAAAAUGUUAGCCUCAUCAGUCAAAGAACGUUUUGUUUUAAUUUAUGGUUGAAUUUUUAUGAAUCAGUGAGUUAAGUUGCUAUACGCUUAAUUUAAGGGUAAAUUAAACCUUUCUGUGCUCUUUUAUAUUUUUCCACCAUAAUAAUAACAAAUUAUUGCUAGAUCUGUCAUGCUCAAAACAAGUUCCAUUAUAGUAGUUCUCAAUGCCAGUAAUAUCUUUCAGUUCCAGUGCUUAAUUCUGCUUUGAAACGUGUAGUUCUAAACUACAGUAUCAAAAUAACAUGUGGUUGGGUCCCUGUGCAGUCAUCUUUCAGCACUUUCUUAACCCAUUUACACCUGGAAAUUUUGCCAAAAAAAACCCUUUGAAGCUAGUCAAGCUGUUUUCUGGUCACUAUCUGGCCAAAACAAACCAAACUGCCCAAAAGGUUGUUAUUGGAAUUUGCAGGUUAACUUUUCUUUGUUUUGGUUUUUGUGUUUUUGUUUUUUGUUUUUUUUGCAUUUUUCUAAAGCCUGAUUGACUGAAUCGUACUCAUUCAGGCAUGGUGGAUCCCCACAGGGUGGUAAUAGGCAGUUCUGGGGUCAAUAGGUUUAAUGAGUAAUGCAAAAAUGUAAUAAAGGAGAGGCCUUAGUAAAUUAGUGGAAUCUUGAGCAGCACAUCAUCCAAAGCUGUACAAUUUCCCGACAGGCUUCAUGGUUGUUAGAAGCAUACUGUGCAGAUGGAUGGCUUCCUUCAAAAGAGCAUGCCAGAGGAAUAAAGCUCCUGCAGUUGAUUUUGGAGGAAUGCAGGCCAAGGUAUUAUUACUGUAUGCAAUGAUGAUGACCUAGGAGUUAACCCUUUAAGCCCCAAUAUCCACAUACAAAUUCUCCAAACUGAUCUCCAUACAUUUACUGGAGGAAUAAGUUGGGAGAAUUUGAAAAAAGAUCAGAACAUUUUCUCUUUGAUGAUCAAUCAUUCUGUAACUUCUUGUAACCAGUUCUCUUGAUGAUUUUUUGGGAUAAUGUUACAUAAUGUUGUUCAUUCUUGGGACUCAAAAAUGCAAAUACUGCCGAGGGUAAAUAACGGAAUUAUUAUUAUUAUUAUUACUCAAAGGGUUGGUUAAUCUUGAAAUCACUGUAGGGUUAGUCUAGAGUGUAGCAUUGCUUGAUUUCUGUGAUUUGUAACAUAAUGCCACACAAAGUUCAAGUAAGCACGGCAAUUGAGGGGUGUAUUUAACCUGAAAUAGAAAUUUUAUUUUGAUUUUGUAAAUCACAGCAAAUACCAUCAGUUUUGUAAACUUAAGUGGGAAACAAGGAUGUGUGAUUCUGUUUCUCAAGGUUGAAAAGAAUGAUUGUUACUGAAAAGUUUGACAAUUUUUUACUGGUUACUUUUGAUGAAAGUGGCAAAACUAUAAUAUUCUUAGCUUCAAAGAAACUUACCACGGGACUUUUGAAUAUGCAAAACAGAAAUCUUGCAUUCUUUGGGCUGCCAUAGAAUUUUCCUAAAUUAAUAUAUUAACUGUUAACAGGUCUCCUUUAAGUCCUUCUGGAGUUGCUGGAUCACAUUCUUCACCUUCACCUGCAUCUUCAGCUGGGUCAGGUGCAACACUUACCACCCCUACAAAGAAAACCCACCAGCGAUCCAAGUCAGAUGCCACUGCAGCUAUUACAGCUUCUAGCCGUCUAAUGCAAGUAUGUAACACAGAAAUAGUAUACCAUAAUCUCUCUGUAUAUGACCCUGAGUGGAGCAUAUUUUUGCAGCAUAUUUUAAGCCUUUCGUUCCUAAUAGCUUGAGCAAGAUUCACAAAAAUUCUAAAGAGUUUACAAUUGAAUGGUAGCAUAGGAUUUAAAGUAGUGAGCUUAAACAACAAUGAUGGCAGCAGCAGUGAAAAUGCCACUAGCUAAAAAAUUAAUUUGCAUCCUGGGCGACUUUACCAGGAGUUGAAUUCUUAAAGACUUAAUUAUACAGGUUCAAAAAGAGAAAGGAAAAUUUGUUGUUGUAUGUUGACGUCUCAUCGUCCCAUUAGGAGGUUUCAUGUCGUAGUCAUGCUAUGGACAUUAAAGGAAUCUACUAAAAAGCAUGAUGCACAUGCAGAGCUGUGCUUUUACUCAUAAAACCAAUAUUGUUUUUUUUAUGUUGUCAUUGUCUUCGUCAUCAUGGUUGCUUAAGCUCCCUAGUGACAAAAUACCUUGCUCUAGGGGUAGAAGGGUUAAGUGGGGGGCUUAUGGAUCAGUGGAUCAGCUUAUUUAAAAGUGGAUUGGAAACAUUUAUCAGUUCAUUGUUAUAUUAGCAGUAUUUAUACGUACUUGCUGUAUGCAUCCAUCAGCAAAAGUUCUUAAAUUAUAAGAGGCACAUUUAAACAAAAUGGAAUGGUGUAAAAAUUGUCUUUAUACUCAUAGCAGUUUUGGUAUGUUUCCAAGUGAAACAAAACUGAAUUAGUUUUGCAGAUGUCAGUUAAAAUAAGUACAUAACGUGAAUGUGCAUUGUCUUCUUAACAUUUUUCUUACACUGCAUAAUGAAAGAUAAAGGUCAUCAUAACAGAAGAGUACAAUAAGUAUAAUGGGUGUUGACAAUUUUUGUUUAGAACUGCUGGCAUCAGAGCUGAGAAUCAUUUAGGAAUUAUUUUUUGGCGAAGAGAGCUUCUCUUAUGUUAAAGUAAUUCUUUUCUGAGUACAGUCAACUCCCUUUAUAGCUACACUGUAGGGACCUUGUGUUAGUGUCCUCAUUAAUUAGCAAGAGUCCUUAAUAGCAGGAGUUUAGUUCAAUCAAAUAUCUCUAAUAUAUUUUUGCACAGGAUUUAGCUGCUGUCUAUAUUUUCGGAGUGUCCAGAAGACAAGAGUUGACUGUACAGGGACUGUUCAGAUUACAAAAUCCCCCAAAAUAGGUCAAUCUACAUGACGUCUCUCUCGGCCACAAUGUAUCUGUGGUGUUAUGCAAAAGUAUUCAAGCAUAAUCUAUCACAAAACGAAGAACCCUUUCAAGGUGAAGAUUUGUAAAAACAUGGGUUUUCACCUGCUCUAACACAUUGUGAGCGUAGAAACUCAGGAGGAUCAAUAAUUUCCAAUUCAAGAAUAGGGCAUGCAUAGUUUGAUUAAUUUCAUCAGUUCUAUUUUUCUAUUUCAGUCAAAUGAGUGUGAAUCCCCUGGAAAUGGUGACCUGAGGUAUGGCCAUGCCUUUGACAGUCGCUGUUCUAAGCAUUCCCCUGUGGUGUCUCCAAAUGCCUCCAGUCCUGCACUGACUGAGUUAGCACGAACUCCAGACUGUAGCUGCCAGGUAUAUACUAUAAUAUACUUACAUUUUAUUGUAGGUUUAAUUUAUUGAAAGACUUGUUAUGAAUUAUGUAUUGUACAAGUUUAUCAGUACAUAAGGCCCAGUUCAAACAUUGCAUUUUACAUAUGCAGAAUCUAAUGCAAAUGAGCAAGAAAAAUAGAUUUUCCUCAUUAGCAUUAAAUUUGGCCCUUGUGGAUCAGGGAAUACACUUUUGAGCCAGGCCUAAGAAAGCUUGAAAGACAAAGACUUCUUGUUUAUAGAGCAUAGAAGAACAUAGAACAGCAAAUUAGAAUUUUUGAAAGCAGGAGAGAGAGUCUAUUAUAGCAAAGCUGACGCCAGUUGUGGAAAUUGCUCACAAUUUAGGCAUCCUACUGAUGAACAGUUGCUGCUUUUAGACAUUGAUGAUGGCGGGGCAGCAGUUGUUAAUGGUCUCUCCCUUAACCCUUUAAGCCCCAAUAUCCACAUACAAAUCCUCCAAACUGAUCUCUACACAUUUCCUUUCAGAAUGAGUAAAGCGAAUCUGAUAAAACAUCAAAGCGUUUUCCCUUUGGUGAUCAUUUUAUUUAUUCUCAUAACCUAAUCUCCUUACAAUGUAUGGAUAUCAUUAGGAGAAAAUUGAUUUUGGCCACCACUGGGACUUGAAGGGUUAACUUGAGACUACAUGUAGCUCACACUUACAAGUGAGUUAGUGGGAGCAGAUGCUUUUUACGAGCCCAUGUGACAACAGGCUAUCAAUAUGGUCUGUAGUAGUGUUAAAGAGUCGGAGUUAGAAAAACUCAUGGGACCUUUGCCAGGCAGUGCUGGUACCUUUUGUUGUCUAUUCUUUUGGAGUUACUUAUCAACAUGCUUUGCAACAAUCAUAAACUGAUAAAAUCUCUUUCUUGCUGUCUUUACUUAGACUCCAAAGCUUGUAGCUCAGAGAGAGUUCAUAAGUGCAUUGAUAGCUAUUGGAAAGAGGCUUACUUCCCAGCCAACAAAACACCUCAAGAGUAAGUAUUUGCCUUUUUAUGGUCCAGGCAUGCACCCAAAAUGUAGUAUCUCAAAAUACAUCCCUCCUUAGGUGGUUAUUUUUGCCCAAAAGUAAUUUUGAAGCGAUUGGUCAUUAGUGGAGCCAGAUGUCUUUCCAUUCUUGUUCCUUUUUCUGGUAUCAUAAUACUGUGAACAAUGAAUUCACAUUAUUUUAACUGCACACAAGGCUACAUGAUGCUAAAGUAUAAAUUUGGGCAACUACCGUAUUUAUUUGGCUAUAAGCCAAGUGAUUUUAACGCAAAUUAACCCUUAAGUUGUGUGAAGUUUGGGGGUCUUGGCUUAUAGCCAAGAGUUUUCGACAAAAACUCUUUUUAAAAGCAUUGAAACUCUACUAAAUGGGGAUGUAUUCACUUAUAAGCCAAGCAAAGAGCAGCAAAAGAUUGAAUCGAUUGUGUGACUAGGAAUUCAUCUGAAUGAUAACUUAGCUAAGCACAGAAAUUCAGUCCCAAAUUGUCAAAAUAUCUGACAAAAGCAGGUCUAACAACUAAAAUCUCACACUGGUAAGCCUUUUACAUUAAGGGAAGGUCUAAAACAAAAUUAAUGAAAGAUUUCAAGAAAUGUGUAAACAAUGUGCUUCACCAAACAUGUGCUGCGAAACAUUUGCCUGGUUACUAAGCAUGGACAAACACAAUGCUUUGUUACCAUGCAAACCAAUUUGAACAAAAUAAAUAUCUCAGAUUGAUCAUCAAAGCCAUAAAUUGUGUAGGAUAGAUAAUUUAAUAGUCUGUGAGCAUACCUUAUCAGAGGGUAAUGGUGUUUUUGCUGAGGAGAUGCCUUCCAGCAUGCCUUAGCCCAUUCCAGGUGUCCACAUGGUUUGGUGGCGCAUAAAGAGGAGAGCAGAGCUGAGGAAAAUAGCAAGGGAACAGCAAUACAGAGAGUUUCCUUUUCAAAAACCCUUCUGUUCUCCUCUACAUGCUAUUCCUCAACAUCUAAAUGUCUGGGAACAUAACUCCCUGUAGCCUGAGAAACCAGCCAACAUUUUGUUGCACUGGUAACCACUGGUUUCCCUGCAAAAUGACUUCUGAGGAAAAAAUGCAGAAAUUCCACAUUGAUGACUUGUCAUUACCCAGAUUUAGGUAGUGCUUCUGAUUGGUUGUGCCGCGGGGGGAAUUUACCUCAACCAAUCAGUGGCACUUUAGUGGCAUGUCAUCAGCAUUGAAUUUCUGUAGUCAUUUCGCAGACAUCAUUUCAUGGGGAAAUCAGUGGUGGCAUUGCAAAAUGUUGGCUGUUUUCUCAGGCUACUCUUAUUGAAGUAAUGUCUCACUUAUUUUAAUGCCAAGGGUACCAUCUAGAAAAGUCUCAAAAUGGUUCCCUAUUGGCCUGCAGUAGCAUAUUCUCAAGUGGUGCCUGGCUCUAACUGAUCAGGAACUGAAAAUAUUUUGGGUCAGUUGUCCAUUCCUUAUGAGUGAAAAUAUUAAGCAAAUAUAUGUACCCACAGCACUACUAAUUAGUAGCACCUGUUUGCAUAUUGUUAAUCCGUUGUAUCAUUUUUAGCUUCUAGGCUGUAUGCUGAAUUAUCCCUGUUGAAUCUAAACCUGCCAGCCAAAGUCAGCUUACCAGUGCAUCAUGGAAUUGGAGAUCAUUAUGUGGUGAGGAUACCACACACUGCUGCUGUGGUUCUCAACUCAAAAGAUAAGGUAAGUUCGCCAACAAGUACUGUGUAGGUUUGCCACAUUGAACACAAGUAAGAUCUAAACAAGAAAUGAAUAAUGGCCUUACUUUCUCUUUGCAAGUGGGUUAGUUAGUUAGUUGUUCAUAAAGUCAGUUGGCCUCUGUUCACUCUUUAAGCCCAAAAUGUCCAAAUACAAAAUUCUCCCGAAGGAUCUCCUUAUAUUUCCUUAAAGAAUUAGUUGAGAGAAUUUGGUAAAAGAUCAAGGUAUUUUCCCUUUGGUGAUCAAUUUAUUAAUUCUCAUAACCUUUCUUUUGAUGAUGUAUUGAUACUGUAAGGAGUAAAUAUUGAUGUUGGUAACUCUUUGGACUACUGUACUUUUCAAGAACACGUGAACUCUGAAGUUCAAAAACCAACUAACCUUUGCCUUCUUCGCUGCUGUCAAUCAUCUACGGUUGCCUCUUAGAAACACAAAGUUACUUCAACGAGAUCAAAGGGUCAUAUUAAUUUUUGUGAUUUCUCAUUGGUGGAUUUCAAUCCUUUUUGUGUGUUUCUGUGUGACAAGCUUCAUUGCUUGUGAUAGUAAUAAGAUUGAUGGGAGGAAAAAAUGCUGUGACAGCAGCAACAACUUGUAACAACUGGCAGGAGGAAUUAUGAGCAAGGAGUUAGCCUGCUGGCAGGCUCACUUUGGGGAAAAUUUUGACAGUGCAAGCAGGUGAAGCUGGUAAGAAGAAUACAGCAAGGACAAAGAGAAGAAUAAUGGUGAAUAUUUUCUCACCCUAUCCUUCUUACCAGCUCUGCCACCAAAUUUUCUCCGAAGUCUAGACUGCUUGCAGUCUACCAAGGAGUCAACUCUGGACUCGCAAGUCUGAUACGUGCUCUCUUCUCUUAUUGACCAGCUAAUAAACCAGUUAUUUUCAAAUAACAUGCAACUUUUUGCUGCAUUGCAGGCUCCUUACAUGAUAUACGUCGAAGUGUUGUGCAUGACAGGAAAUGGUGAUGAUCCUUUUCCAUCUAAGCAGUUUCAACCCACUUUACGACAAACAAGGUCAGAAGAGUUCACAGUGUUUAACAAAAGAAGUCAUUUUCUUAAGCUGUGAAGAUUUUUUUUUACCAGUUGAUUAUCAUCAUUAUUAUUAUUACUGUUAUUAUUAUUUCAUUUUCAUUAGGUCUGAGGAGCAUUUACCAACCUACUGCCGCACAGAAGGGGUUCAGUUUACAGUAAGUGGUUCUAUCAAUAUCACUAAGAAAAUAAUUCUUGGGUCACCAACCAGUGAAAACAGUCAUCUCUCCUUGCUCCUCGCUGAUAUGGACGUUUUGUUUCCCCUGCGAAAUGUUCUUAGCAGUAAGGAGAAAUGCCCAGAUGGCUGUAUUUGCAGGCUAUCAAGUCACCAGCAGAGGUUAAAAAAUUCAUGACAGCUUUGAAACCCAUCCAGGUUCCUUCUUCAAUAAAAAUGGAAUGAAUGCGCUCAGAAAGUUCUGCUCUAACAAGUGAGGAAACAACGUAACUUAAGUUAAUUGACAAGGUGACUUGUAUUUUGCACUCCCUUUCAGGGAAGUAAUAUUGACUUGAGGUUAUAUUUCGUUUUUUGAUGUUAGGUUUCACCACCUGGGGACUCAGAUGAUGAAUGUUGGUCAACUGUGAUUGAAGACAAGUCAAAACAGGAUAUCGUUGACGUGAGUAAUAAAAGAAGCGGGGAGAACUUUCAAUCAUGAAUAUCGAGAGGGAAAGUCUUCAUGCAGUAUUACAACAGCUAUUAUGAAUUGUUGCAUUAACCAGUAACCAAAGCAAAGGUUGCAGUUGAUGCCGUGAUCUUUGAAUCAUCCCAUAUUAUUUGGGAGCUUAAGCAACCACACUGGAUGACCGCAAGAACUGUAAAAACAAAAUGUUUUGCAUUUUGGAACAUUUUUGUAUUGUCUCAUAAACAAACAACAGUUAAAUUUCUUUCUCUCAAAGAACUAAAGAACUUCUUUAUUAAUUCAGGCCCGGAAGAGUUAAUGCAGAUAUGACAGUUUAUACAAUAUGGAAGGUGCAAGUGCAGUUUUAUCUAUCCUUCCAAUCCCUUUAUAGUGGCUUAUGAAGAAAAAGUCACAAAAAUUUCACAUAGUUUUAGUACAAUCCCGAGAAAUUGUUAAUACGACUCAAAAGUUUUGCCAAUGAGAGUUCAUUUAGAAAGGUAACACCAAAGGAUUUCAUUGACACAUGCAGAAGUUAGAAUGACAGUUCUGUAUCUCACCAUAAUGACUUAUCUCUGUGUCGUAUACCAUUCAUGAAAGAUGUAUCCGUUUUGUUGUCCAGGGUCCAUUUGUUGCAGCUGGGGAUAUUCGACGGAGGCUUUCUGAGUCCCUUAGUGCACCACAGGCCUUGUUUAAAAGGGACCCAGAGGAUCCUUCAGGUACAGUGCAAGAUUAUGAUCUGUCAGGCUCAAAACAACUGUUGUAUGUAUUCUUCGGGUAUUCAAAUCAUACUCUUGAAAAUUACAAAUGUGUUUCUAUCACACCUUACAGUGACGUGUUGUUAUGACAGUGUUGCUCUGACUAACUGUUAUAACAAAGAUAACAACAACAAAAUGUUGGUGAGAAAAAGGAAGAAUCAGAAAUUCAAUUGUUUCCUCGGUUAGCUAGGACUGACCUUUCAAAAAAUAGGCAUUAUGUAUAGGUAUCUCAUAUUAUAGUAUGUCCUUUGAAUACCUUGUGUUAUAAUGAAAGAUUGGGGCCUAACUUUGUUGACAGAGAGGUAUUCUCGAAUCGUUAAAUUGUAAGCAACUAAUAGCAUUAAAAAACUUCCCUGUUGUUUCAAAACAAUGGCGCAAAUGAUACUUUUGGGUUCUUUUGGUUUGUAAUAUUUGUUUUGGAAGAAGAUGAGAAUGGUAGGGAGGGGAGGGUUUGUCAAAAUACAGCUGGUGAGUACACCCAUUUCAUACUCAUGAAGUGUCCUUGAUCUCUGUUAUUGUUUUGUGACAGCUGCUGUUCUCAAGGAACCGUGGGAAGAGAAAGAGGCAAGGAUAAGAGAAGCCUCACCUUAUGGUCAUGUGUCCAACUGGAAUAUCCUUUCAAUAAAACCAUGUACUGUAGUUCGAGAGCGCCCAGUUUGAUUUCUCAAAUUCUCUGAUUUUCUCGCAAUGUCACAAUAUUAGUGAAAGCAGUUUAACCGGCGCUUUUAUUCCUCGACCACGUUAUGGAGGGAUUAUUUGCCACACUACCUUUUGACUCUGUGGACGAAAUCUGUUGUGUUACCAUUCAUACGAAACCUCCUUAGCAGAACUUUUUCAUGGUGCUAGUUAUUUACCUUGCGAACAGAGUCUCCUUCGAUCUUCCUAGAUAACUCCAGGAAAGAUCGAAGCGACUCUGCUAGCAGGGUACUUGUUAUUUAGCUUGUAAUUUUUUGAGCCUGCGGUGUUACCAUACAAAUGAAACCUCUUUUCAGCACUACUUUCAUUUGGUGCUACAGUUUGUAUUUCUAAAUUUUAAGUCUGUGGACGAAAUGCGGCGGUGUAACCAUUCAAAUGAAACCUGUUUGGCAGAACUUCUGCAUAGUGCUCUUUAUUUCUUAGAUUUUAUCAACUAAAAUUCGAAUUUUUUUGCGCAUUCUUCUGCAUGUUGGACACUAUUAGGAGCGUGAGAGUUAAAGUCACGCUUGAUUCAGUUACUCAACCAAUGAACUCAGGUGCUUUGUUUCCCUCAGUGUUUGUAUACUAUAGAGUAUAUAUUUCCUUGACAUUGCGUUUACGACUCUUACCGAUGAUUGUCAAGUGCGGAGAUGACCUUCGUCAAGAACAGCUCGCUUACCAACUACUACUGCAAUUUCAGGUUCGUUUUGCAGUGUACUUGUUUUGAAUUCUUGUCGAUGGUGCUGUUUUGAAUUUUUCACUUGGUUUCAUUGGUUUUCCGCAAUGGUAACGUACUAGUAACUCGAUCUUUCCUUUAUUUUCUUGUUUAUUUUCGCAGAAAAUAAACUGAAUUCAAGUCAAAUGUAAAAACGCGCUCAACAACGUCAGCACAAACACACCAAAUAUAACCAUUCUCUGUUUUUUUUUCCGUAACUAAAUGCUUACCAUGUUAUUCUUUAUAUUUCAGGCCAUUUGGAACCAAGAGCGGGUACCACUGCGGCUUAGGCCGUAAGUAGACCUCUUAAAACAAACUUGCAGAUGAGUUUAUACAACAUUUAACUCACCCUGAUACAGGGGACGAGCUUGCGAGUAAUAACGUCUCCCCGUUGCCUUUUGUUUUUGGUAGAUAUGCUGUUGUGGUGACCUCAAAUGACAGUGGACUCAUCGAACCUGUAGUGAAUGCUGUCUCGCUUCACCAGAUCAAGAAGAACAGUCAAAUGUCUCUCAUGAAUUACUUCAUCAAGGUAAUCUUUCCGGUGGAACAACGCCGCAAAAAAGUGAUAGGGUUUGGCGGGUGUCUUAUUGCUUUCUACCCUUGGGUAGACUGCAAAACAGUCCGUAUUUUUGCGUAUUCAGGUACGCGAGAGCAGUCAAACAAAAGGUCUGGAACAAGGCGUGCGAGGCUCGCGCGCUUCGCGCGCGUAGGACUCUUACGCCACGCUUUACCUAUUUUGAGAAAAAAACCGACUGUUUUGCAGUCUAACCCUUGGGACGCAGUGAGAGAGGUGCCAAGCAUGUCUGCCUCUGAACAAUGAGUCUUUCCGCACGAGUCACUUGACUGGAGUAACCUGUACUAAAUAAAGGCAUUUGAGCCGGGGCAACACCUCAAGAAAAACUUCGUCGCAACGCACCUCUGCUGACCGCUUAGAGCGUUCAGUGAAGAUUUCAGCCACACACUGAGUAAAUGUGAAAGAAGGCACGGAUAAAGAAGAUAAAAACGGUUUGGGAUUUGGGCCUAACAGUUUUUCAUAACUUUAUAUCUGAUGAUGAUAUUAGGCUUGUUAUUUGUUUGUCUCACCAUAGUCACUUUGUUAUUGAUAGUAAUUGAAUAGAAGAUACCUUUAGAUUCCAAGGACGAGAACGACUAUGAUUACGAGAUUUUCUUAAUACUGAGUAGCACCUUCCGGUCAAACAGCGUUAUUUUGGCGGGAAACAAGUGAUAGCCGUCGUCAUUUCACUACGUUUUCCCACCAAACUGACGCUGCUUCACGCGCGGUUUCUAGUGCGUUUUCCAUUUACUAAAAACUUUCGGAAACUUCCCUGGAAAGGUCCGGAUCCCGCACCUAUUUGAAAGAUUGUUUUUGAUUAGCUUGGAAAACAGUGGGGAUUGUCAUAUAACAAUGCCCCUAUCCCUGCAAACAAUGGAAGUGCAGAUUAAAGGGGACCAGUGAAAUAAGAGGUUUAGAACGGUGCAGGUUUACUGAAAGGUCCGUCGAGUGAAGAACGUGUUCCAUUUAACACAAGUUCCAUACGUUGGCACCGAUAUCGCCGUGAAUAGCCUGGAACUGGUGAUUCCUUGUGAAAACUCGUAAAUAGAACAUGCUUUUUCACCGGAGAAUUUCCAACGGGAAAACUGGACUACCUUUUUAAAAUUCCAUUUAUGCCCGAGGUCUUUCCAGUGGAACGAAAACGUGUGUGCCAUCAACACCCCAACCGGAAUUUCAGUAUUGACAAAUCUCGUACUCAUAGUCGUCCUCGUCUUAGAAUCUAAAGGUCUCACCGUUUCGACUGCGUGCUACUGGUUUUCAUCGGGCGGUGGUGUUGUUUACUGAGCAAGACUAUUAGUUACACAAUGGCUGCUUGUGAUAAGUACCUUACGUAGUGACAUAGCCUCUUUAAAAUGUUCUCUUUUAUUGUUUUAUUUUUAUUAAUAUUUUUACUACCAUUCAUAGGAACACGGAAAUGUCAACUCAGAGGAGUUUUUGAAUGCUCAGCGUAAUUUUGUUCAGAGUUGUGCAGCAUAUUGUCUUGUGUGUUACUUCAUGCAAGUCAAAGACAGGUGCCUCCGACCUCCUUUUUUUUGGAGUUUUAAUGUUGUGUAUACUUUACUAGUAGGAGUGUUUUGCGUGGCGUCAUUUUUUACUUGCGACACUUAUUUCCCUUUUGUAAACGGCCGUUGCCCUUUUUAACGGUCUACCACCACUGGUAACUGAGCCCUUUAGUCUGGAUAGGUAAAUUAAAUUUACUGGGUUAACUUACAAUGAGGCAAAUAAUACGUCUUUGAAUAGUCUUAGAAAGAACGAUGUUGAAGCCAAAGUCGAAUUUACGUUAAAAGUUCUGGAAAGGGCUAGGGUCACCUGUUAUUGAUGUAUCAGUUAAGAAAGACAGUUUGCUUGUUUAUGUACUAAAAUAUUUCGAAAUUUUGGCGAAUAUGGUAGUGUAGUGGUAAGGGAGAGAGGUUAGGGUACGAAAAGUCCGGGUUAGAGGUUCGGGUUCUUAGGCAAAUUUCCACCGGUGAUCUUCCCUCCAGAUAGUGAGAGUCUCUAUGAAUAAAAACACGAUCCUGACAGUUCUUCUGUUCUCAUUUUAGGCAUAACGGCAAUAUUUUACUUGACGGAGAAGGUCACAUCAUCCACAUUGACUUUGGAUUUAUCCUUUCUUGCUCUCCCGGCCGCAACCUUGGUUUUGAGAGCUCACCGUUCAAACUCACACUGGAGUUUGCAGAGGUGAGUUUUGCUUGUGUUCAAAUCUAGCUUAGUUUGUUUUAUUGAUAUUUGUCAAGAAAGAAACUAGAUGCAUACAAACAACAGCACGCUGACAGGAGAUGAAAACAGGGGAGGAGCUCCAAUGACUUUCAACCCCUACAAUGUCUCCAAGACUAUAAGACAAAAAUACUAAAAUCGGAUGAAAGAGGAUGUAAUCAAAUGGUGAAGGAAAGGGGAAAGGUGUGUCCAAUAAGAAUGUGCUUUAGGCAGGAAGUAACUGAUUUGAUGGUCGAUAGUAACGAUUUACCAUGGUGUUAUAGUGAUCAUGGGUGACGAAAACGUUUUAAACUGGAUUUUUGAGCAUGUGGAUCGUAUCGAUCAAGAACUUACUGUCUAGAAAUGUUUAGACUAUUCCUUAAAAGUUUAGAAUUGUUCAAUUUUCGGCAAAAAAAUUCAAUCCAUCUUGAAAACCUAACUAUAGUUUCUGAAGUACUGAAAAACAAUUUGUUCCUUGUAAAAAAACACUGCUAUACAGCUUUGGUCACAGACAACACACGCUAGUAGUUCUUACACAGACUCCAUAGUGAUCGUGGUAUCUUAACGUCAGAUUGUCUACGUUAUCUUCCUCAUCCUUUAGCCGCGGCAGUAUUAGCUCAGUUGGUAGAGCGCUUGACUGCAGAGCAGGAAGUCAAUGGAACAAUACUCGAGGUCUUAAAAAUAACGGAGAAAUAAAGGUGUUUCCUUUGCCCUGCAAACGGCUAGACCUUUGCAUGGUUCGGAUGAUCACAUAAAAUGGCGGUCCCGUCUCCAGUAAGAAACGUAAAAAGUAGUGUCCCCAAUUAAUUCUUUCGUGCUAAAUACAUUGACAAUCAAGUACAAUGCAUUUUUUUUUUUAGGUAAUGGGUGGAGUUGAUAGCGACAUGUACAAUUACUUCAAAAUAUUGAUGCUUCAAGGUUUUCUUGCCGCGCGUAAAAAUAUGGACAAAUGUCUCCAGCUGGUGGAGAUUAUGCAGACAGGUACGUGGAUGGUUGGGUUUAUCAGUCCAACACUACAGAUUAUAAUAUGUUGUACAGCAUCGAAAGUUAACUGGUCAUUUUCAUAGAGCUCAGGGAACUCGUAACUAUUAUUUCAAAACAAUAGGUUAUUGUCUCAAGAAGGUUUUAUAGAACCUGGCCCAGGGCUCCUCCUUGUUGCCAUAGGGUACCAGGACAAAGACGGCUCUUAUGGAAAUAGGCCUUAAUUGAUAAGUUCGAUCCUUUAAAAUACAGUGUCUACUAAAUAAUUCUCAGCAGCUUUCCUUAUUCUUAUUACGUCGGAAAGGGACUGACUCACUUAAGGCGCAGACGCUCUCUUUGACCCUAAAUACAGAAAAUACCCCGCUUAUACGGACAGUUUGUUUUGUCCCUGGGGAUAGAAGUCCUUACAGUUUCAUUAAUUUCAACCCGCUUAAUACGAACACUUUCUAUGGCCCCCUGAGCGUCUGUAUUAACGUGCUUUGACUGUACACUGCGACUUUCACGUUCCUUAUAAUGCAAUUGGUAUCAGGUCGUUUCGCCCAAAGGUUGAUUCACCCGGUGGCAGUUUGCCCAGACUAAGAGCCUGUUUACAUGGAGUGGGGGACCCCGGUCUGGUGGGGUUGGUUUCUUUUGUUUUCACGCUCUGGGGGACACAAAACAAAAGAAACCUACCCCACUAGACCGGGGUCCCCCACUCCAUGUAAACAGGGUCUAAGUCGAUUCACCCUAUGUGUAUUUGUCGUUCUUUAUGCCUGAGAAAAAGGAAUAGGCGUGGAAAGACAGUGACCGCAUAUGUGGAAUCCAAGGUUAACUAGAGUAAAAUCUUGGAGAAGUAAGUUCACCAUGUUGUAGAGUGCUGUACGUCAUCGGGUGAAUCGACUUAAGUCCUAGCGAAAGCCUUCGGGCAAAUCGACUUUCGGGCAAAAAGACCGCAAUCCAUGCAAUUUACCCUCCCCUAACAACUUUGCAUAAGUAUUAUUUUCAAUUUCUCUUGGGACUAACCAUCGUCCCUUGAGAAAAAAAUUUGUGGAAAGUUUUUGGGGAAGGACAAAUUGUAUUAUGGAGAACGUAGAAGUUGCAGAUCGUGUUGCGCCAUGCGUUACUUCUGUGUGAUUAUUUGUUUGUUUGUUAAUUUAUUCUGUUGCUUUUUCGUGCGCAGGUUCUCAGCUGCCGUGCUUUAACCGUGGUGCUUCGACUGUGCGAGCAAUGAGAGAAAGAUUCCACAUGAACUUGACGGAGGAACAGCUUGGUUCCUUCAUUGAUGAACUGGUGGAAACAAGCAUGCACUCUCUCACUACCAAACUUUACGAUGGCUUCCAAUACCUCACGAAUGGCAUCUUAUAACACAACCCAAGAUCACAAUCAAUGAAUGGAGCACGCACUCGCUCGGCACAAUCUAGCUUUACUACGAUUUCAAUACCUUACCCCGUGGAUGGAAUCUUAUAGCAGGACGUCACUGAUGACUUUGGUUAAUACUUGAAUUACGUCCUAUUUAUGAAGUGAAUGACGCUCUCGCUCAGUAUCAAAGGUCACGACUUUUUCCAGUUAUUUAAAAACGAGGUCACAGCAGAUCUAUGACGUCCCUCUUUCUGUUGAAUUCGCCAAAGGGAUGAAUGGAAAUAGCGCGAAUGCAGUUACCAAUGAACUCGAUGAUUGAGAUGAACACCCCGUUUAUUGUGUUAAAAGAGUGGUCAGAGCUAGUGGGUAUCUAGCCUCUUCCAGGCCCUCAGAUAUUAGGAAUGGACUCGUAAGUGAAAGGCGCGCGAAAAUAUGAGUGCGUGAUCUGGGAAAAGGGGGCAGUGGCGGAAAAAAGCCGUCCUACCUCUCCCCAGUUUCCUCCCGUUUUAUUUUCGUGUUCGCGCUUUCUCAACUACCUCGGAGCCUGGAACCAGCUAGUCGCUAUCUCGCACCAACAUUCGUACCCUGGUGUUUUUAGGAGACGCCUGGUGGUGCCUGUAAGUUUUCCGUGAAAGGAAACUCACUUUGCAAAGACGUUAUAUACAGACAAAGCGCAACCAAGUAUCUAGUGUCUGGAGAAACAUUGAAAAAUUGCUUGUAAGCGCUGUAUUCUUACAACACAAAGCGCUGAGUCGUGGAAAAAUCGACAAUGGUACAAUAGGUGGGCCCUGUCUAAAUAUAAGAGACAAAAUGAACAUUACUGUACAGUUCAUUGCCGAUUUGUAUAGGUAAUAGCAUGAUUUGAAAUGAUAUUUGGCAUAAAUACCACAAGUGAUAUUUCGAAAUUGUUAUACGUAAUUUCACGAGCCGUUAGGCGAGUGAAAUUUGAGACAAUUUUGAAAUAUCACAAGUGGUAUUUAUGCCACAUAUCACGUACAAAUCAUGCUAUUAUUUGUUUAUACUACUACCCACAAAAGGUUUGUAAUUUUCACAUGUAGGUAUUUCAAAUUAAGCUGAAAUACCACUGCUCUAAGCCAAUCAAAUUGCAGAAAUUUCUCUUGUAGUAGUAUAACUGUUGUUAUUAUCCGACUUGAGACGAAGGAAAGGUAACCUUCCUUGUGAGGAUGUGGUCAUUUCCUGUUGAACGAUUCAAUCUCCGUCCGAUAUUCGAAAACUCUUGUUUGAAAAAAAAGUGAAGUCAGCGAGUCUUAAUCGCAGCAAUUCAGGCCACAGAAGUCCAGCCAAACAUAAUUGGGAAUAUUUGAAUGACAAGCUAACCUUGCUAGGCCAUGUAAAUCAGAUGAAAUUUUGGCCCUCCGUCUUCACCUGAGUUAUUUGAAGAGUUGAAUUAUGUGUCAUGAUUAGAUGUCUCGGCUGCUAUUUUAGUUUUUUUUUGUAUUCAUUGUUUACCUGAAUGUUUUUAUGCACAAGUUUUUAAAAGAUAUAAAAUUACUAAAAAGGAUUUGCCGAUUCGA